AUGCCUCGCACCACACUACUCCCGACGCCGGCGUCGUCAACGGACAUCAAGGGCCAGGAUGGCUCCAAGAUGGCCUCUCUCCAGCUGGCAUUUGAGCUGCCACCACCAGCAGUGACCAACGAGGCCGGGGCCAAUACACCGGUCACGUCGGCGACCUUCUUCCCCACGCAGGCCAGUGAGACAGUCAAAUCUCGCAGGCGAUCAUCUGCCGCCAACCCACCAAAGGACCAAUUCUCCCUCCCACCGCCGCCUACCCGUUCGCGGAAGAUCAUCCAGAUGAAGCCUCGCGAGGAGCCGAGCCCGGAGAUACCAGCCGCGAGCUCCAAGACGGGCUCCAAGAGCAGCGGAGGAGCAAGUUCAACGACCACGGCAGUAGCUGGUACGAAGAGGAAACAGCCGUCAGCUACCAGCGCGGCAGGGAGGAAGAUUGCAAGGAAAACGGCGCACAGUCUGAUUGAGCGCCGGCGGAGAUCAAAAAUGAACGAGGAGUUUGCGGUUCUCAAGAGCUUGAUACCGGCUUGCACCGGGGAGAUGCACAAGCUGGCUAUCCUGCAGGCAUCCAUCGAGUACGUCCGGUAUCUGGAAGACUGCAUUACCAAGCUCAAGGCGCAAUGCGGAUCCGAACCAAAGCUGGACCCCGAACCCAACACAGCCCGCUCAGGCUUGCCAUCCCCGUCGCUCGGGGAAACGUACAACAACAACAACCACCACCACCGCAGCCACAGCUCCACCGCCGCCACGGGCCCCGGCGGCUCGCCCGACGUCGACAUGACCAGCUCCCCCUCCAGCGCAGCCGCCUCCCCGAGCUUCACGCCCAUUGCCGUCCGGUCCCAACAGCCGUCCAUCUCGCCGGCCCUCGGCCCGCAGCAGCAGGAUAACUCGCAUCAUGCACAUGCGAGCCGGCACAACUCGUACUCGUCCGUCUCGUCCGAGUACCGCGGCGGUCUCAGUCACCAGCAAGGAGGCUACAUCACGUCGACGACCACGUCGCCCUUCUUUGGUCCACAGCAGCACCAACAGCAGCAGCAGCAGCAGCAGCAGCAGUACGCGCACUCGGCUUAUGGUGGCUCGGCGCUGACCAGCCCUGCCCUGCCUCCACAAAGGGACCUUGACCAGGAAGCGACGGCGGCGCUGCUCAUGCUCAAUCAGAUGGAUCGGCGGACUAGUAGUGCGGGUCCGAGGGGGAUGAGUGUGAGGGAUCUGCUCAGUAGUUGA